AUGAGUACCACGACCGAAUCUCGCACGGAACUACCUGCGCCCGAGCAGGCCAGUCCAGCGCCGAGCGCAACAGGUUCGACAGGGACGUCCGGAAUCACAGUGCGCAAUGGUCCCGGAGGUCAACCGCUCAGCUUCAGAAGGCCAGAAGACUCCAAUCAAGCAAAGCCAGAGGAAGAGGGAGACGGGGGAGGAUGGUCGGGCGGUGCAGGACAAGAGAAGAGGCCAUCGUCAGGGUUUUCAGCUCCUCGUUCUGGCAGAAACGUGUCCGCCGAAUCAGACAACGUGCGUCCCGCGCGUGCGAGGCCGUUCAGCUUAUCCCAAGAUAACCAGGUCCCGCGAGCGCAUCAGGACCCCGUUUUUGGUCAAAUCGUUCGCUGUGAUGCUGCCAGUCUCGGAGUCCCAUGCACCAACUGCGUCGCCUUCUCCAUCGAGUGCAAAAUCCCAACCCCGAAACGAAAAAAGAACUCGACAAAGGCCCGAGAGGAGAGUCGCUAUGGCGAUAGUCCACCCCCCAACAACACUGCCUCCUCGCUGGUCGACGCGGCGGUGCCACCCUACCGACCGGAUCAGCCCGAAGAUCCUCACCAUCCGGACACCGAUUCAAAGCCCCGCGAUUCGAGCUCGGAAGAUAGGGAGGAUGGGUCAUUUGGAUGGCGCAAAGAACGUAUGGCUACUUCCGGCAUGCCGAUCACCUCGCUCACCGAGUCCGAAGCCGCUCAGCAAGCUUCCACAGAUAAUGCCUACGCCCAAUUCAUGAAACCCAAGUUUGCUCGCGCUCCAAUCAAGGAAGCCGGUCGCGUGGCCUACUUGGGUGAAUCGUCAAAUCUCUCCCUCCUGGUACAAGACCGACACGGAACCACCGAUGUUGUGCACUAUCCUCUGCCGCCCAACAUCCGUGGGUCGCGGGCGCGCCUGACCGACCUAGACAAUCUCGAGAUUGACAUUCUCCACCAACGAGGCGCCUUCCUCCUUCCCCCAAAACCUCUCUGCGAUGAGUUGGUCGACGCUUACUUCAAAUGGGUGGCUCCCAUCGUGCCCAUCAUCAAUCGCAGCCGCUUCUUGCGCCAAUACCGGGAUCCGAAGAAUCCACCCUCGCUUCUCUUGCUGCAGGCCAUUCUGCUGGCGGGCUCUCGUGUCUGCACCAAUCCACAGCUGAUGGAUGCCAAUGGGUCCACUACCCCCGCGGCUAUGACCUUUUAUAAACGGGCCAAGGCCCUAUACGAUGCCAACUACGAAGACGACCGGGUAACGAUCGUGCAGGCCCUGGUUCUCUUAGGUUGGUACUGGGAAGGACCAGAAGAUGUGACCAAGAAUGUCUUCUACUGGACACGGGUGGCGAUGGUCGUCGCUCAAGGCUCGGGCAUGCAUCGCAGUGUCGAAACUUCGCAGCUGAACAAACCUGACAAGCGUUUGUGGAAGCGCAUCUGGUGGACCCUCUUCACUCGAGACCGCUCGGUGGCCGUUGCUCUCGGCCGUCCGAUCGGCAUCAACACCGAUGAUUCCGACGUGGAAAUGCUGACCGAGGACGAUUUCAUCGAGGAUGAGCUGGACGCUCCGGCGGACUACGCCCCUGAUCCGGUGCAUGUGCAGUUCUUCCUGCAAUACGUGAAACUCUGCGAGAUCAUGGGACUGGUCCUGUCUCAGCAAUACUCUGUUGCGUCCAAAUCACGGCGCAUGAAUGCGAUGGAUCUCACUCAUUCCGAUAUGGCCUUGGCCGAUUGGCUGCAGAACUGUCCCAAGGAAGUUUGCUGGCAACGAUCCCGCCAUCACUUUUGGGCAGCGCUACUCCAUUCCAACUACUAUACCACUCUGUGUCUGCUACAUCGAGCUCACAUGCCUCCUGCCUCUUCAGCACCCAACAGCUACCGUGUCGAAGAGAUGGCAUAUCCCUCGCGAACCAUUGCUUUCCAAGCAGCCGGGAUGAUGACCUCUAUCACCGAGGCCCUUCAGGCGCACAACGAAAUACGCUACACCCCAGCUUUCAUUGUUUACAGCUUGUUCUCGGCCCUCAUUAUGCAUGUCUACCAAAUGCGAUCCUCGGUCCCGUCCAUUGUGGCUACUUGCCAAGAGCGGAUCAACGUAUGCAUGUCGGCUCUCAAGGAAGUGUCCAAGGUCUGGCUGGUGGCCAAAAUGGUCAAUACUCUUUUUGAAUCCAUUUUGGGCAACAAAGUUUUGGAGGAGAGAUUGCAAAAGGCCGCAGGAAAACGGCACCAACGCCGGCCUCACGAGCCAACCGCCGCCGCUGCCGCCGCCGCGGCUGCUCCGGCAAAGGCUCCCAAGCCAAUUCCUCCCAAGAGGAAGUUUGACGACAUGGAUUUGGGACUUCCUAACGGGGGUCCCACCCCGCCCGUCUCCUACGAGCGAUCCCGUCCGCAAACCCCAGCUGUGACGCCCUCGCGUGAGAUCAACCAGCCCCCGCUGAGUCAGAUGUCACCACACCAUCGCGGGCCCCAGGAUCCUAUCGUGGGUCCCGCGAACUCGCGUGGGAACACUCGCCCAACCACUCCUUUCAAUGCGCAAUUCUCCCUACCGGCCACGCCGCCGGAUUUCUUCCUCGUUACGCGCAACUCGCCCAAUCUAUCGCCAUCUCUGUGGGAGAAUUUCCAACCUGACCAGUUGUUCCCCGACGGCACCGCGAUCUUCCCGGAGCUGGCCUCCCCACCGCCGCCUCCGUCCGUUGAUCCUUCGGUACAGGUGCCCUCACAUAUGCCCAACAACCCCAGCAUGGGUCAGCGGUCGAUGAUGGGAAAUGCCCCAGCAGCCGUCCCCAGCCGCAACAUGUCAGUCUCCCAGGGUAGUCCUCAGAUGAUGUCCGGCAUGCCGGGAGCGAUGGGCAUGGGACCCGGAGGCUCGCAGCAGAUGUUUAGCAUGGAUGGUCAACCGUGGCCCAUGCAGAAUCUCGAUGGGACGAUGAAUGGCAGAACGAUGGAUGCUACCAGCCAGGAUGACAACUGGAGCACCAGCUCGCGCAGUGGACCAACCGCACCCACAACGCUGAAUGUAGAAGACUGGUUCCAAUUUUUCGGUAUCAAUGGGGGCUUUGCUGAUCUUGCGGCUUAA